UGUACGGCACUGGUGUACAAAGAUGGAAGUAGACGCCAAAGGGACCAAAUUAGAGAUGAUCAACAGCUUGAAGGAAAAGUUGAAAAGCAAAUCAACCUUCAACAAGUUAUUUUCAAGCAUAUGGGGCCAUUCUGGUGGAUGGGUAUCAGCGUCCUGCCCCCAUAGAAUAGUGUACGCAUUCAAAGCUAUUCUGAGGCCUGAAAGUGUCAGAGACCAUGUCGACAUCAUUCUAUCUAUGUCAAGACAACCGCCAGUCAUCAUUAGUGACGUAGCCCCAAUGAUGUCACGCCAUGGUAACAAGCGGCGGAAGAACAUGUUCUCGCCCAACGAAGGACGCUUGGGUGAAGCGACUGCAGACAACAUAAAAAAAGCUAAGGAGGGGGUAUUUUCAAAGAGUAUACCUUGCAUGAAGGAAUGGGUGACAGUAGCACCAGUCUCCGACUAUGAUUUGCCAACCUCAAAUGAAACGUUCUGUUUGCUGGAUAGGUUUCAUGAAGGGAAUACAAAAUCAGAUGAGGAACUCCUAAGGCGUAUAACGUUUGUUCCCGAAAUGAAGGGCUCAAUAAAUUCACAAGUUGAAGAGCAGCUGCACAGGGAAAUGAACCGGAACAACUACUUUCUAGAUGCGAUGUCGCCGGGAAACUACAUGUUUGUCCUGCGAUUGCUUCUACAUUUUCACAAUGAACAUACAAACAGGAAAAUGACAGAAGCAAUCAAAGGAAAACUGUACACAGACAUUUCGUAUGGUGAAAUACGUCAUGACAAGUUUGGCCGCCUGCAUCUUUCAGAUUUGGACAAUGCAGCAGAAAAAGAAGGGAAAACAGACCUUUGGACGAGGACUGAAGACGCACAGAAGCACAAGAAAAUAUCGCUCAAAUGUAAGUAACAUUUAUGUAUCUGUUGGGCAGUGUGGUACCCUAGAGGUCGGUGUUCUUCCCGAUGGUCAAUGUCCGA